UGGAUCUAUCUUCUCCUCUGUUUAAUCACAGCGAGCUGGCAUCCCGUUCUCGGCCAGUCGUCGUCGAUGCUUCGUCGCUCUGCCCGCCGGUCCUACUCUCGCGGCCACCCAUACUUCGGCCACUUGCAGAUCGCAAAAUUACUCCCCACUUGAUGGUCAAGAUGAGCAAAAGAAAAAGGAUGGCUAGGGGAGCAGCUGUUUUUGUUGCAUUAGCUGCAAUGGCAGUCAUUGUUCGGGCUAUAAUAAGGAAGAGAAGACCACGUAUUACCUAUGGCCCAAUGCAUGAAAGAGAUCGAAUCAGAUUUGAUUAUCUAAACCAAAAAAUUUGGCAAAGCGAUGUGUUAUGCAAAAACAUGCUAAGGUUUGAAAGAGCUGCAUUCUUUCGUUUGUGUGGUAUAUUGAGGGAUCACGAUUUGCUAGAAGACAGUCCACAUCUUAGUGUGGAGCAACAAUUGGCAAUGUUUUUGCAUACAAUUGGGCAUAACCUUCGGAAUAGAGUUGUUUCAGCCAAUUUUGGUAGAUCAUACGGCACAACAAGCAUCUAUUUUAGAAAGGCUCUUCAUGCCAUAGGCGAGCUUCGUAAUGAUUAUAUAAGGCCACCAUCAUUGGAAACCCCCGCAAAAAUUGCAGGAAAUCAUCGAUUUGACUCAUAUUUUAAGGAUUGUAUUGGAGCUAUCGAUGGUACACAUGUGCGAGCAGGUGUUACCAAAGAUGUGGAGCCUUCUUUUCGUAGUAGGAAAGCCUUUACCACUCAAAAUGUGAUGGCAGCAGUAGAUUUUGACCUCCGCUUCACAUAUGUUUUGGCUGGAUGGGAAGGGUCCGCACACGACGCGACCGUCUUAGCUGAUGCGUUAACUUGUGAGAGAGGCUUACAAGUACCACCUGGAAAGUACUACCUAGUUGAUGCCGGUUAUGGAGCCAAGCCAGGGUUCUUGCCACCUUUUCGUGGCGUGAGGUACCAUUUGAAUGAGUGGGGCAACAAUCCGGUCCAGAAUGAUAAGGAGCUAUUCAACCUUAGGCACUCAUCUCUACGGGUGACGGUAGAGAGGGCUUUUGGAUCUCUCAAGAGGUUUCAAAAUUUUAGAUGAUGCCAAACCGUUCUUCACUUUCCCGGUCCAAGUCGAUAUUGUUAUAGCUUGUUGUGUUCUUCAUAAUUAUGCACUAUCACAAGGGAUCGAUGAAUUCAUUAUACCGGAAGUGACAUGAACCACCCAACCAAUUCGAACAUCAAGGCAACAAUUAAGUGACAAUAGGGCCUUGGUAGACCAUAUGCUACAAAUUGCCGCCCAAAUGUGGGAAGAUGGGCAACUCAUGUAUGCAAAUUUAUGAGUGCACCGCACUAUGUAUUUGUAAUGUUUAAGGAACUACCUUUGUAUUUAUUUGAUGGCUGGACAAGUUGUGGUAUUUAUUAUGUCAAACAAUACAUUUGUGACGAUUUCAUCCAUUUUAUUGUAACAUUUUGAUGGC